UCUCCUCCUACAUAUCCCCCUCUGUCUGAUAUACACACACCUGCCGCUGCUAUAUUCUAUUUUACUUCUGACCAACACCUUCUUACUCAUAAUUUAGUUUGAGCAUUUCAUCGAACACCUUGUGUACAUACAAACCAAUCUUUCUUUCUUCCACCCCACAACCCAAACCCUUUGUCCCCCUCAUGAAAUCACACCUUCUGCAACUAGUCUGUUAAGAUAGAAUUAUUUCUUCAUUUAUUUUCAUAUUUUUUUUUUUGAAUUUUUAUUAAUUUUUUGAGUGUUUGUUUAAUUGUUUCUAAUGGCGGAAUCUCAAGAACCCCAGAACAAUAACCAACUGGUGGUUGUUAGUGUUACCACUACUGAAGACAUGGCUGUACGAGCCGUAAACAAGAGAUACGAGGGGCUAACAACGGUCCGUACAAAGGCAAUUAAAGGGAAAGGAGCUUGGUACUGGGCCCAUCUCGAGCCCAUUUUGGUCCGAAACCCGGAUACAGACGACCCGAAAGCUGUAAAACUUCGUUGCAAUCUUUGUGAAGCUGUGUUCUCAGCUUCAAACCCAUCAAGAACCGCUUCUGAGCAUCUCAAAAGAGGCACUUGCCCCAAUUUUAACUCUGUUUUAAAACCCUCUUCAUCAUCAUCCUCAUUGCCACCAUUGUGUUCCCCUUCGGAUAGUAAUCGAAAGCGGUUUUCGCCAAUCGGGACUUCAAGUUUGAAUAAUUAUUACCAUAGUCAACAACAGCAGCAUCAGCAGAUAUUGUUGUCUGGUGGGAAAGAGGAUUUGGGGCCAUUGGCAAUGUUGGAAGACAGUGUCAAGAAGCUUAAAAGUGUUAAACCAAUGCCACCUGGCCCUCAAUUAACCAAACCCCAAAUCGAUUCAGCUUUAAGUUUGUUAACUGAUUGGUUUUAUGAAUCUUAUGGGUCAGUGUCAUUCACAAGCUUGGAUCAUCCAAAGUUUAAAGCUUUCUUGAACCAAGUCGGGCUUCCGCCGGAUGUUUCGCGCCACGAUUACCUGUCGUCGAGGCUCGAUUCGAUGUACGAAGAAGCGAAAACGGAAGCGGAAGUUAAGAUACGAGACGCAGAGUUUUAUCAGCUUGUGUCGGACGGGUGGAAAAGCAAGAUGUUUGGGAAUGAACAAGAGGGUUUGGUUAAGUUCAUGGUUAAUCUUCCUAAUGGAACUACAUUGUUCCAAAAAGCGUUUUUCCCUGGUGGUUCGGUUGGUUCGGUCGGUUCGGUGGCUGUUCCAGCCGCGUAUGCGGAGGAGAUCAUGUGGGAAACCGUCACGGGUACAUGUAAUGUUGCUAAGAAAUGUGUUGGUAUAGUUGCAGAUAAGUAUAAAGCAAAGAGUUUGCGAAAUUUGGAACUUCGAAAUCAUUGGAUGGUUAAUUUAUCUUGUCAGCUGCAGGGUGUUGGGAAUUUGAUCAAGGAUUUUAGCAAAGGGCUUCCUCUUUUCAAGAUUGUUAUUGAUAAUUGCUUGAAAAUUGCUAGUUUAUUUUAUAACAAUUCUCAGGCUAGGAGUAUCUUGAACAAGUUUCGGUCACAAGAGUCGAGAUUUUCGGUUUCUUUCGGAGCUGCACCCCUUUUAUAUUGUGACAAUUUACAAAAGAUUCCUUCUGUUACCGCAAUGUUGGACGGUUUAUUGAAUUGUGGUCGGGUUUUACAUUCAGUCGUCACGGACGAUUCUUACAAGCUUGUGGUUAUGGAAGAUUCUAGAGCCGCAGAAGUUGCCGAAAUGAUUCAAAACAUGGGGUUUUGGAACGACGUUGAAGCGAUUAACACGCUAAUUAAAGUGAUUAGAAGCAUGGUUGAGGAAAUCGAGGCGGAGAGACCGUUAGUCGGUCAGUGUCUUCCGCUUUGGGAAGAUUUGAGAGCGAAAAUGAAGGACUGGUGUGCGAAAUUCAGCGUUCCUGAGGGGGUUGUUGAGAAAAUUGUCGAGAGACGUUUCAAGAAGAACUAUCACCCUGCAUGGUCCGCGGCUUUUAUACUUGAUCCGGUGUAUUUAAUGAGGGAUGCGAGCGGUAAAUACCUCCCGCCGUUUAAAUGUUUAACUUCUGAACAACAGAAAGAUGUAGAUAAUUUGAUUACACGUUUAGUUUCACGAGAAGAAGCUCACAUUGCGUUAAUGGAGCUCAUGAAAUGGAGGUCGGAUGGACUUGACCCUUUAUACGCACAGGCGGUUCAAGUCAAACAACGUGACCCUUUUACCGGAAAGAUGAAAAUAGCGAACCCUCAAAGUAGUAGACUUGUUUGGGAGACCAUCUUGAAAGAGUUCACCGUAUUGGGUAAGAUUGCAGUCCGGCUUUUGUUUCUUCAUGCGACUUCGUGUGGGUUCAAGAGCAAUUGGUCUUUCAUGAAAUGGGUAUGGGCUCAAUUGCAGGUUCAAUCACGGGUCGGUCUCGAAAGGGUUCACAAAAUGAUGUUCGUUGCAGCUCACUCGAAGCUUAAAAAACGAGCGUUUGGUAACGAGGAGGAGAAAGAGGCCGAGUUUUUCGGCACCGAGGAUGAUGACAUGCUUAAUGAGGUCUUUGUGGAUGCACACUAAUUGUAAUGUUUUUUUUUUUUUUUUUUUUUUUUUUUUUUUUUUUCUAACUCCUGCAAUGUGUUCACUGUUUGUAGCAUUAGCUGUAUUCUUUUAGUACCCUUUUUAGAUAAUUUAGCCCAAGAUUUUGCAGGAGUAUUGCAUAUGAUAACAAAGAUCCAUGAUUAUUAUACCAUUUAGAAUUAUAUAUUGAAUCAAGGUUUAAAGUUUCAUUUUUUAA